UUUUGAUAUAAUAUGAAAAUGCUGAUGUGUUUAGUUGGAACACAGAUUGAUCAGUGUUACUUUUAUUAUCUGCCUACCUGUAUUCAAAACGAAACAGACGUUAACCAGAUUUUUGUCAGCUGAAUGGUAUUUACUGACCCUGGCGUGAUGUAACUGGAUAAUUGAAAUGAGUAGCUGAAUGAAUAAAAAACGGGUUGUUUUUAAUUAAACAGUUAUCAACCAGAGAAUAAUGCAUGGAAAGUACAUUUUUGCGAACUGUUGUCACGGAGGUACAGUGAGAUUUGUCGUUAAAACAGAAAAGGAUAAUCAUAAUGAUUGUUUUGUUCUAAUUCCAUAAAUCUUCAAAUCCCUAGAAAUUUAGCGAGCGCUGUUUGUUCUGGGAGAGCCGAAAUCCUCCGACCACUAGAGGCACUGUAAUGUUACAGUCACAGAGUUAUGUUUACAGCGGUCGCUGACUUAUUACGUUGAAUAGGCGUUUAGCAUUGUGGGACCGCGUAGUGGAAUAACGAAGAAAAAAAUAUCUACUGCAAUACAAAGAUGGGCCGGGAAUCGAGACACUACCGAAAACGGUCGGCUUCAAGGGGUCGGUCCGGGAGCCGAUCGAAGAGCCGCUCUCCAGAGAAGCGCUCCAAGCGAGAUGACAGGGCUGGUUCCCGCAACCGAGACAGAGACCGCAGCCGGAGAGAGCGGUCGCGGAGCAGAGAUCGCCGUCGCUCACGGUCCAGAGACAGGAAACGCCCAAGGCGCUCGAGGAGCCGGGAGAGAAGGCGAUCCCGCAGUCGUGAGCGCAGAAGGAGUCAUAGCAGAACCAGAGGGCACAGGUCACGGUCAGCCAGCCCCAGCAAGAGCAGAAAAAACGAUGCCAGGUCAAAAAGUAAGGAAAAGUCUGACAGCACAGACCAAUCUACAGAGAAAAAGAAAAUAAAGGAAGAAAAAGAGGAAGAAAAAGUUGAAGAUCAAGACUUUGAUCAGAACAAGCUGGAGGAGGAGAUGAGGAAGAGGAAGGAGCGAGUGGAGAAAUGGAGGGAGGAGCAGAGGAAGAAGGCCAUGGAGAACAUUGGGGAGCUGAAGAAAGAGCUGGAGGAGAUGAAACAGGGCAAGAAAUGGAGUCUGGAGGACGAUGAUGAUGAUGAUGAGGAGGCCCCAGCUCCUGUGGAGGCAGAGGAGGAGGAAGAGAAGGCGAAGGCAGCAGUGGAGGACACACCCAUGGAGGAGGAGGCUGGUGAAGAGCUGGACCCCCUGGAUGCUUACAUGGAGGAGGUGAAAGAGGAGGUGAAGAAGUUCAACAUGGGUACCAUGAAAGGAGGGAACGACAAGAAGGGAGGAAUGAAGGUGACCAAGGUCGUGACUGUUGUCACCACAAAGAAGGCCUCGCACACCACCAAAAAGAAAGGAGAGUUAAUGGAGAACGACCAGGAUGCGAUGGAGUAUUCCUCUGAGGAGGAGGAAGUCGAUCUGCAGACGGCGCUGACUGGCUAUCAGACCAAGCAGAGGAAGGUGUUGGAGCCCGUUGACCAUCAGAAGAUUGAGUAUGAGCCCUACCGCAAGAACUUCUAUGUGGAGGUGCCGGAACUGGCCAAGAUGACACCGGAAGAGGUGAAUGUGUAUAGGCUGGAGCUGGAAGGAAUCACCGUGAAGGGAAAGGGCUGUCCCAAACCCAUCAAGACCUGGGUGCAGUGUGGAAUCUCCAUGAAGAUUUUGUGUGCCCUUAAAAAACACAGCUACGAAAAGCCCACACCCAUCCAGGCCCAGGCCAUUCCUGCUAUCAUGUCUGGACGGGACCUGAUUGGGAUCGCCAAAACGGGCAGCGGGAAGACCAUCGCCUUCCUCCUGCCCAUGUUCCGCCACAUCCUGGACCAGAGACCUCUGGAGGAAGGGGAGGGGCCCAUCGCCGUGAUCAUGACUCCCACCAGAGAGCUGGCUUUGCAGAUCACCAAGGAAUGCAAGAAGUUCUCCAAACCCCUGGGACUGCGGGUCGUGUGCGUUUAUGGAGGCACCGGCAUUAGUGAGCAGAUUGCUGAGCUGAAGAGGGGCGCUGAGAUCAUCGUCUGCACACCGGGCCGAAUGAUUGACAUGUUAGGUGCCAACAGUGGUCGAGUGACAAAUCUCCGCCGAGUCACGUACGUGGUCGUAGAUGAAGCAGACAGAAUGUUCGACAUGGGGUUCGAGCCACAGGUGAUGCGCAUUGUGGACAACAUCCGGCCCGACCGGCAGACCGUCAUGUUCUCCGCCACCUUCCCGCGAGCCAUGGAGGCCCUGGCGCGGAGGAUCCUGUCCAAGCCCAUCGAGGUGCAAGUGGGAGGCAGGAGUGUGGUGUGCUCUGACGUGGAACAGCACGUGAUUGUUAUCGAGGAGGAGAACAAGUUCCUGAAGCUGCUGGAAAUCCUUGGCCAUUAUCAGGAGAAGGGCUCGGUCAUCAUCUUCGUGGACAAACAGGAGCAUGCGGACGGGCUGCUGAAAGACCUGAUGAAGGCCUCGUAUCCCUGCAUGUCCCUGCACGGAGGAAUCGACCAGUACGACAGGGACAGCAUCAUCAACGACUUCAAGAAUGGGACCUGCCGGCUGAUGGUGGCCACCUCCGUGGCGGCCCGAGGCCUGGACGUCAAGCAGCUCAUCCUGGUGGUCAACUACAGCUGCCCUAACCAUUACGAGGACUAUGUCCACAGAGCCGGCCGUACCGGGAGGGCUGGGAACAAAGGGUACGCAUACACAUUUAUCACAGAAGAACAGGCGCGGUACGCUGGGGACAUCAUAAAGGCCCUGGAGCUUGCAGGUUCCCCUGUACCCACAGACCUGGAGCAGCUGUGGCUGAACUUCAAAGAUCAGCAGAAAGCGGAGGGCAAAAGCAUCAAAAGCAGCAGCGGGUUCUCCGGGAAGGGUUUCAAGUUUGACGAAACGGAGCACGCCCUGGCCAACGAGAGGAAGAAGCUGCAGAAGGCCGCCUUGGGCCUGCAGGACUCAGACGACGAGGACACGGCCCUGGACAUCGAUGAGCAGAUCGAGAGCAUGUUCAAUUCCAAGAAGCGGGUGAAGGACCUGUCGGCCCCCGGGGGAGGAGGCGGGGGAGCGGCGGCGGGCGCCGCGGGAACCGCUGCAGCGGCCGGAGGGCUGGCUAGCCUCGCAAUGCCCUCUGCUGGCAACAUCCAGAAGCUGGAGAUCGCCAAGAGGCUGGCGCUCAAGAUCAACGCCCAGAAGAACCUGGGUGCUGAGGCCCAGGAUGUGAUGCAACAAGCCACCAACGCCAUCCUCAGGGGCGGCACCAUCAUGGCGCCGUCCGUCUCAGCCAAGACCAUUGCUGAGCAGCUGGCAGAGAAGAUCAACGCCAAGCUCAACUAUAUCCCGGUGGAGAAGAUGGAGGAGGAGAGACAGAACGCGGAACAGUCGGAAACCAUCAAGAGAUACGAGGAAGAGCUGGAGAUCAACGACUUUCCCCAGACGGCCAGGUGGAAGGUCACUUCCAAGGAAGCCCUACAGAGGAUCGGUGAAUACUCCGAGGCGGCCAUUACCAUCCGAGGAACAUACUUCCCUCCUGGCAAAGAGCCCAAAGAGGGAGAGCGCAAGAUCUACCUGGCCAUCGAGAGUGCGAAUGAACUGGCUGUCCAGAAGGCAAAAGCUGAAAUCACCAGGCUCAUCAAAGAGGAGCUUAUUCGAUUGCAAAACUCAUACCAGCCAACCAGCAAAGGAAGAUACAAGGUCUUGUAGAAGCGUGGGAGCCGAACCAGGAGACAUCAGUGACAAUUCCCUUCAUCACGUCCUAAAAUUGAUUUUUCGAGUAUGUUUUAGUAUGUUUUUAAACAUGUUAGACAUAAAAAAAAAGUUUCCACUUGCAGUCUUUUAGCUGGACUUCCUUUUUUCUUUUAGUGUGAUCUAAAGAUGUCCACUUGGUUAUCCUUUCAGCUUCUCUUGCUGUGUGUAUUAAGAUUGGAGGAGUCAAUGUCAGAUUAGGAUAAAUCACUCAAGUUACAAAUUUUGCUGACUUGUUGAGGGUCAUUGUUAAUCUGCUGUCAUUGAAAUCACAGUGCGGGUUGAAGUGUCACAAGUACAACACAUUUUUGCUGUAUCCCUGUUUUAAAUGGCAAAUAAAAGGAUUACAACUAUAAAUAAUACAUUUAGAACUCAAAUUUAAAACUUCCUGUCUUCCUGUAGCUGGUUUCCCCAUUUCUUCCUCUUUACCUGUUUUAAAUUUUAUGUAGUUCAUACACAUUCCAUUGUAUUUUCCAAGCUUCUCACCAGGUUUCUAACUGCACAGUGUCUCUGAGGAAAACUGGCUAAUCUUUUCAUAAGAUUUCAUUUCUACAAAGCCACCAUACCCUUGGGUGAGAAGGCUGCUCAUCCAGGAUGUAUAAGAUUAGCAACCUGUUUACUUUUGUGUUUUUUUUUCCCCCAGUAUAAUUAAAUUU